AUGCAUGCAAAAAAACUACAAACUCUAGGAGCUAUACCAGCAUCAGACCUUCGUCAGUGGGUGCGAGCGGGGCAAGAAGGCAAGCUGGAACGAGCCGUGCUCAACGGUCAGGGGCGGCGCCUUUUAUCAGAAGCGGAAAGUUUGCCCUUGUCAAGAUACCUUAUUAAUUUGAUAAAUAAAUGUGAAGCUUUGCACGCUGCUGUUGAGACAGGAUCGCUGCUUGAUUUACAGGAACUACUGGAGUCUGACUACAAUCGCAACAAGUUAUCAUCGUGCUGUGAUGACGCGGGUGUCGGUCUAUUGCAUAAAGCUGUGUACUACAACUACACGGAUAUUGUGGAGUAUCUUGCUAAAUAUUAUCCACAUCUGGUCCACCAGAAGGAUUCCGAAGGUCGGAUAGCCCUUCACUACACGGCAGCGUGUCGUGAUGAGGCGCAAUUGUCCGCACUACUCCUGGGCGCGGGGGCGGCGAGGGGCGCGCGGGACGCAGCCGGGCAUACGUUGGCCCACUAUCGUACUGCUCGCACUCAGCUCACGCUGCCCGUUGCUGUCGACAUGCCGACGCGACCUGGUAUGGUAAUAAAGCGGCAUAACAUUCGAAUAUGGUGUCACGAAUGCGACAUGGGGCGCCUCCAGCGCGUGAUAUGGGAGGGCCAGGGCUCCAGGCUUCUGAGCGAAGUAUCAAGCCAGCCAAUUGUAAAGAAGUUCUUGGAAACCGUGCCAUAUAUGAUGAAUACAAUUAAGGAUAUACACAAUGCAGUGAUUCAAAACGAUUUGGAGAAUGUUAUUAGAUUAACAAGUAGCCCUGUACCGCCGCAGAUUUUAUCUAGCAAGGACCCAAAUAAUAUGACUGUAUUUCAUAAAGCAGCUGGAUUAGGACACUGCGGUAUUUUAAAUUACAUAGUCGAAAGAUAUCCACAAGGUAUAAAUGAAAUAGAUAAUGAAGGACGCACACCUUUACACUACGCUGCUAUUGUGAAAGAUGAUAAACACACAUUCAACACAAUGAUUGGUUUUGGCGCAGAUGAAGGGGCUGUUGAUAAUAGAAAUAAAACCCCUGCUUAUUACUUGAAUAGACCUCAGGAGAUAGACAAACGCAAUCUAAAGGUUUUACCUGAAGCACCUAGAACGCCAUCAAGUGCUUACCCAGCGUCAUGGGAUUGGAAAAUCUUAGAUACGGACUACACAGCUGAACUGAAUAAGAAACCUAGAAGAAAGAACUUCAAAACUUCAUCUGAAAACAUUUCUUCUAAAAAUACUCUUUCAGAAAGUACGGAAAAUAUAAAUAAUAUGAAAAAUAGUAGCACUCAUGAAAUGAUAAACAGUUUACCAGAAUUAAAUGAUAAACAUGAAACCAUACAAGAAGAAAAAAAUAAUAACAUAACUGAAAAUAUUGUUUUACAAGAAAAUGAACAGGUUUCUGAACACAUUGACCACGAAGCAUGUUUUGUAGAAAAUCAAGCCAACAAAGAAAAUACUAGUGGUGAUAAUAAGAUCGAAGACACUUUGAAAGAAACGAGUAACGGUGAAUCACGACCGAAUAGUCAAAAUGGUCUGGAUCAACAAAAUGAACAUACUCAUUUAGAACAACCAGAGAAAGAAGAAAAUUUAGAAAAUAAUAUUGAACUAGCUAACGAUUUAAAUACCGCUAUAACUAAAUCAGAGCCUGUAUUUAACAGCGAGGUUUUAAAUCGAGAAUCAACUCCACAUCCAGUACUGCCAGCCUCACCAAUAUUUAAAGGUACUGAUAAUGCUGAUACUCAUGACCAAAUCAACCAAGAAGAUAACAAUGAAGAUGAAUCUUGUACACAAAAAGAUGUAAUAGAAAAUAAAAAUCCUGAAAACAUGCCUGAAAGUACUCAUUCUCAGGAAGGUAAUGUUAAAAAGCAUGAUGAUGACCAUAUAUCAAAAAGCGAUAUAGAAAGUAAUCAACCAAAUGACAGUUUUGAGGAUAUUAAUGUUGUCCAAAAGGAAGUAGAACCUGAUAAACUUCUAAUUGUGAAUGAAGCUACUGUUAAUGAGACUACUGCUAAUGAGAUCCAAAAUAAAAUGGAAUACGAUCAUUCGGUUGAAGAGGUUACGACUGUUUCGGAUGAUGAAGGUAAUACAAAAGUUGAUAGCAUUGAAGAUGAUGACGAUGUACAAGUGCAGGAUAACACACAAACAGAACACAAUGACACAUAUUUUCAAAAGGAACUACACAAAAAUGGGAGUGCGAUCAGGAGUGACAGAGUUCCUUCUGGCACCUCACAUAAAAGAAACAACGGACGUAAUAGUCAAGAAAGUCUCAUAGAGGGUAUUGUGAGUAGCGAAGCGGAAAAAGACUCGCAAGAUGCAAGUGUAAUAAAAGGAAAUUCCGUACACGGCGACCGGCUCGUUAUUGAUAAUCAAAUAGACCCAGAAGUAACUGAAUUAAUAAACACAGUCAAUUUAGAAAUGUUAGCGACAUUAGUACUGAACGGAGAAGGAUCAAGACUUAUCGGCAGAUAUUCAGAUAAUUUAGAACUGCAAGCGUUUUUGGAAAAUGUACCAUCUUAUAUGCACAAAAUUAAUAAAGUACACUUAGCAGCUAAAGAAGGAAGUAUAAGAGAACUUCAAGCGGCACUAGACAGACGGAAAUUUGCCAUAGCUCGUGAUCCGAUUUCGGCAAAUGGAGCCACGCCUCUACAUGUAGCCACUGUAUUCGGGAAAACAAAUAUUAUUAAAUAUUUAGGAGGAAGAUUUCCUGAAACGUUAUCGGCAGUGGAUUUUGAAGGACGCACAGCAUUACACUACGCAGCUGUCUUACCAGAUAAUGGCCAUUACUAUAACCUAUUACAACAACUUGGUUCAAAUUCUAAGGACUUAGAUGAUAAUGGAAGAUCCGCGGAUGAUUACUACAGGAACCCAAGCUUAUUACCAUUUAGUCAGCUUUUAAGUGAUUUUGGUAUAAGUGACGACGAGAUCAAAGAAAUGUUCUCAGAUCAAGGCAUUAACCACGCGAACAACGGCCAGUUGGACAUUCCCAUCUUUCAAACAGAAGAAGGCAGAUACCUCGCAAAGUCUCUCGGCGAUCCUUUGAUAAAAGGGCUGACCGAAGUGGCUAAUGUUAAGCCGAAGGAUCCGAUCGCGUUUCUCGCUACCUUUUUGCAUAAUUUCCCCGAUCACGAAAAGCCUCAAUUAGGUACUCAGGAAUCAAACACGUUGAUAACAAACGAGCCUCCUGAGUACGAGAACCAAACAGCACCAGAUGAAUUAAAAAAACCGUAUAGUAGUAUACAAAGCGCAAGAAACCGACCAAUUGGACCCAUUGAAGUUAUAACUGUCGAUCCUCUACAGGCAGCCAGUCCCGAUGUACCGGAAGUGGCUCCAAGUAGUGCUGAGAGAGAUGAACAUGGCCAAUCAAUGCUGCACUUUGCAGCUGCGCGAACGCAUACAAACAAUGCUUUAUUUCAACUAUUACAAGAGACUGACGUAAGCAUUGGCUACCGAGAUGAGUUGUAUAGAACGGCAAGAGAUAUCUCUAUACAGGCUAAUGUUUUGGAAAAUACUGGGGAAAUUGAUCGCUUCGUACUACACUUGGCUGCUAGAGGAAACACUAAUAAAAUAAUGGAGCUGCUCCUCCAAGGAUAUGACCACAUACUGGACGUGGUGGAUGAGGAAGGAGUUCCCAUUAAUGAGGUGAUCUCCCAACGGGGUGACAGUGAAAUGUCCAGUUUAAUUGCUUCAAUACCUACGUUUGAGGAGUCCCGAGAACGUCUUCACGUUGCUGUAAGACGCGGGGAUUUAUCAGAAGUACGUGAAAUACUCUCAGCGGAAGGCGGAAAGACACUUGCGCGUGCGCAGAAUUCGUACGGCAGGACACCGUUACAUGUUGCUGUGUUAGCGCAGAAUGAGGAAAUCGUUGAAUACUUGGCGGAAAUUUUCCCAGGGCUUUUGAAAAUUGGAGAUAAUUUAGAACGCACACCAUUACAUUACGCGAUGGGUGUAGAAAAAAUGGAAUCACUCAGUCGAAUAUUAACAAGAGCCGGAGCCAAACGCGUACUGAAGGACCUAAAGGGCCGGCAACCUACCUACUACUACAUGAACAAAUCUGACAUACUGAGGCUUAAGGAAGAGGAAGAAAUGUAUUAAAAAAACAGAGAAAGCUUACAACGUAACAUUAUGUAGAUCACACCCGAAUGAGUUCUAUCGAAGUUUGCAGUGAUGUCACAAUGUCUGUGAUAUGUUGAAAUUGGAAUUACUAUUGAAUUUCAUGGUAACCUUGCUGGUGAUUUGAUCUGGUGACCUUUUGGAACUAAAGCAUUUUUUCCUAGUGAAGAAUAAUAAUCAUUCGUUAACAUUUAUAUGUGGCCAUGUCUACUUAUCUAACAGGAAAAUUUAUCAAUAAAACAGACACAAAAAUAUGCCUGCUUUAAGAAACUUCGCCGUUACGUGGUUUCGAGUUAAAAAAAGAUCAAACUACUAAAAACUGUUAAACAAAUGCUUUCCUAUUAUAUCUUCGUAAGAAUAUUGUUACCAACAUACAAACGAUUAAAAUGUAUUUCGUAUGCACAUAUAAUGUAGACUCACAGGAACAAAAAAAAAUUGUUAAUUGUAGUAAAAAAACAUAGUAUUUUUCAAUAUUUAGUAAUAUAUUGGGGACCCUGUACUUUUUAAUCUUCUUAGAAUAAAACA